AGAUGUUUGUUGAAUAAUAAUAAACGUCGUUCUCAAACUCUCUUAAUAGUCCUUUAACCUGCACCUCCUCCAAGUGUAGUGCUAGUAACUAGUAGUAGUAGUAGUAGGGUUAUUAAUUUGGUGCAAUGCAAUCUCAAACUUCAGAUAUGUUUGUUCUCUCAAACUCAAAUACCUCCCACAAUGGCAAUUACCCAAUUUCCUAUUCUGACCAAGCAUUUUCCUGCUGCAGACCCUUUUCCAUUGACUCUGAAAGCAACCAAGCAUCAAAACAAGAAAACAACAACUGUGACCUUUCUUCUCCCCCACCCUUGUCCUUUUUCCACUUCCCUUCUCCUCCCUUUGAAGACACCGAAAUUUUCCUCCAACACCACCACGAUUUCCUUCUUCAUCAAACUCUAUCUCAUGACCCUGAGCCUCAACCCUUUAUCACCGUCGAGGGUUCUAUUAGAAGUGCUGAGCAGAUCCCACGAAGAAAACAUGGCAAGAAAGAUAGGCACAGUAAGAUUAACACGGCAAGAGGACUCAGGGAUCGGAGAAUGAGACUGUCCCUUGAAGUUGCAAAGAGGUUUUUCGGCUUGCAAGACAUGCUAGGCUUUGACAAAGCUAGCAAAACCGUGGAGUGGUUACUAAACCAAGCCAAAGUUGAAAUCAAUCAACUAGAAAGAGAGAACAACAAGAAUAAGAAGAAGAAUCAUCACACUUGUUGUAGCAGUGCUGGUGCCAAGAGUGCUGCUUCAACUUCGGAAUGUGAAGAGGGUGUCUCUAGCCUUGAUGAGGUUGUAGUGAGUGGAAAUCAAGAACCACAAGAGGUGGUGCCCAAAGUUGUGAAGAGAAAGAAGAUCAAGCAUUCUAGAAAGAGUGCAUUCCACCCACUUGCAAAGGAGUGUAGGAAAAAGGCGAGGGAGAGGGCAAGAGAGAGGACGAAAGAAAAGAUGAGAAAUCGUGGACUAGUUGAUGAUUCAAAGCAAUGUAGAGAGGACAUAAAUCAUGAUCUGACCCAAUUGGGUUCUUGGAACCCCUUUGGAACCGGUGAACAAUGUGGUACUAAGAGCCGUACUGUGAAUCCUUCCUUGGAUGUUCUGACUGAGGCUAAAAAAGGAAGCCAUCCCGCAAAGGAGCAUUUGGGGACUGUAGAUGCCAUGGCACAUGAUGAUGCUUUGGCUAGUUUGAGCAAAUGGGGGCCAUCCAUGAUUUUCAGUUCUCUAAGUAAUUCUGGAUUUCCUCAAGAAGUAAGUCUCAAUUAGUGCUGUCAGCAUCAAUUAGCAGAAUUUCGGUUCUUGGGAAAACCGUGGAAGGCAUAAAAACAA